GCAGGCGCUGCUCAAGCAGGGGUGCGGGGAGACGUGCGCGCCGAUCCACUUGGACAUGGUGUCGACCGCGCCGCGCAUAGUGAGCGCCGGCUUCACGGCUCCGUACCGCCACAUCAGCGUCAAGUUUGACCGGCCCGUGACCUCUGAGCAGAGCUGCGAGCAACUGCUGGACGCGGACAGCCUGCAGCAGCUCGGCGACGCCGCCUGCCAGGUGCGCGGCAGUCAGCUGCUGAUCCGGCCCGGCGACAAGAUGGCGCCACCCAGCGGGCCGCUGACCCUGACGCUGGCCGAGGGCAGCGCCAUUGUCAGCCGCGGCGUCGGCAGCGGGCCGCUGGCGGGCCGCGCCACCGGCUCUGUCAGCGUCAGCUUCGCCGAGGCCAUGGCGGUACCCCCGGAGUUCUCCCUGGUCGGACCGUCGGUGGUGUGCUCGGCGGCCGACUCACGCGCCACCUACCGGGCGCUGACGCUGGAGGGCCUCGGCCGGGCGCUCACCUACACGUGGAACGUGACGCUGGAGGCGGACACCACGCUGACGCAGCGCACCACGCUGGAAGUCUGGCAGGGCAUCAACGAGGUCAUGGAACGCGAUGCGACGUACGGGACGGGAGCCGUGUCCGUCUACACCAUCAACACGUCACCGCUCAUCGCCGACGACUUCAACUACCAGGUGUUUGCGAAGGCGCAGACGUGGGCAGGCGGCUCGCGCAGCCUGUUCCGCGCGUUCCGCGUGGUCAGCUCGGGCCUCUCGGUGGCCGUGGUCGGCCCUGACCGCAUCGCCGCCGGCGGCCUCUACACCUACCGAGCGACGGCCGUCCUCUGCGGCGGCGAGCAGCGCGGCUUCAAGUACGCCUGGCGCCUGCCUGGGAUGCCGGCCUCGGCUCUGGAGGGCCUGGACAGCGCCACCCUGCGGCUGGACACGGCUCAGCUGGUCUGGCAGUCCGAGGCUCGCUGCGUCUGCGGCCGGUAG